AAAAGAGUAGAAGAAAUCAAAAUUUUUCCCUUCUGAGAUUUUAUGGUUAUGUUUUAUAGUUUCUCUUGUUAGUCCUGUUUUAUUUAUUAUUAUGUGUUUUGCUUUAGAAGAAAUGACAAUUUUGGAGAAUUUUAUUUAUCUUUUACAAAAAUUCUUGAUUACUAACUCAGAGAACGAUCACAAAAUAAUUAGGAAGCACACAAAAAGACUUCAACAGUCCGGUGAUAUUAGUUUCCCACUGGAUAUAAGGAACUGGUACCAUUUAUUAGAUAAACAGUUACUUAAUGAUGGAAUGGUAAAUAUUUUUGACUACGGAAUGCCAGGAAUAGAUGUAGACAAACAAAUUAUUCAACUCAAAGAAGAAAGCACCAAUUGGUCAAUCCAUAUUGACAAAAUUGUAGUAGAAAAUAAUGAGGCUUUCUUGUUUCUUGAGAGAUCACAAGAACUACUUAGAAAUGUUAUUGAACAAGUUAUUGAGUGUGGACAUAGUUAUAGUUCCAGUAAAGUCAUCGAGAGAACUAUCUGCUUACAAACUCAUCCAAUCAUUGAAGAUCACACAGAAGUUGAUUUAAGUGUGCUGCGCCUACACUUAGUCAAAGAAGUUGCUAAAAACUUCAUCAACAAAUCAACAAGAGAAAUCCCUGAGGGAAGUUCUGUUGUACAUUUAUUGUUGAAUCCAAUUGAUGAUUGUACUGUGAAUGUUUUAUGUGGACCUGUAUUGAAUGAUAAAGGUGUAAAAAGCUCAACAGCUGCAAAGGAUUUGUACAGGACAAGGUCAGAUGAUAUGAAAAUGAUGGCUUAUCACAAAUAUCAUGUUCCUGCAGUAGCAAAUCAAUCUUGGAACACAUAUUUCAGAAAAUUAGGGGAAGCAUCAGUUACCAUAGAAAUGCUAGCUAAUAAGCCCCAAAAACCCAUAAAAAUAACUGUGAAUGAUACUAGAUCUGCCAAUAAAGGAUCUUCAUUUAUAUUCUAUAAUUGUGCUAGGCUAAGUGCCCUUUUCAAAGAAUUUGAUAAGAAAACUGCAACAUCAAUCUAUCCUGAACUUCCCAAUAUCAGUGAUGUUGACUUUUCACUACUUACACAACCAGAAGAAUGGGAACUAUUUUAUGUUUAUAUCAUGCAAUAUCCCUUGGUUGUGAAGAGCUGCAUCAGAGACAUUGAGAAGGGGUUCUUGAAUCCACAAUAUUUAAUAUCAUUCUUGACAAAUUUGUCAUCAGUUUUCAGUGUCUAUUACAGAAGAAUAAGAAUCCUGACAAAUCCCAGAGAGCAUAUGUUUGCUGUAAUCCAUGCCAGAAUAUUUCUUCUUAAGGCAGUACAGAUUGUUUUUCAUGAUGCUCUUGAAUUGUUGAACAUUGAACCCAUCAAGGAAAUGUAGAGAAUUUUUCACUUUGCACUUUGAAACAGAACAUACCAUAAUAAUAGUUGCUAGUUUCAUGUAAGUAGCAAAAAAUCUAAAUGUUUUUCAUGCCAAGUCACCAAAGUAUCUAAAUAAUAAUGUUAAUAUUGAGGUUAAUAUAUUCACAAUAUACAUAAUGUUAUAAUUUCUGCUCUUUUCAAUAUGUUGUUUUUUAUUUCAAAUAUUCAUUCACAUAAAUCUCAGUCAAUUUAGCAAUGAAACAAAUAUUUCUGCCGGUCUCAAUUUUGUUGAAGAAAAGUGAUAAUAUAAAAA